AUGGGAAGAAUCACCAGAGUAAGCUCUUCUCAGCAUGAAGUCGUGCGAAACGUAGAGCUCCGAAUGUCGAAUGGACGCAAGGUUCGUCGGCUUGUGAACUUGCUGAUACCCUUGGAAGUAAGAGACUCGCAUCAAGCAGACACUACCACGGCAAGAAUUCCAGAGAACCAUGCCGGAAGUUCCAGCGACGCAGAUGGACGACAAAACGUUCGCUAUAAUCUACAACCGCGCAGGGAGAAGGAAAACCAUUCAGCGAUCGUCAACUUCACCAGAAGUGGAGCAGCUACAGUUAUGCUACUGAUGACAUUUUUCUUCUUGCCAGAGAUUGCGAAAGCAGGUUUCCAAAUGAAUUACUCGCAUGGGGCAAAAGGAACAAUACGAUACAUGCGAGGAGGAGCUCAACUCACGUCCAAUCUGCGCAAAAGAGCAUUGUCAAGUGAGGAGCAACCCGAACGCGAACGAGACAGUUCUAUUAAAGGAUAA